CGGUGGGUGACCCGACCUACUAACUUGGUGCUGGAUGUGGACUGUACUAUACCGCAAGUUUCCACAUUUUUGCAAUAUUUUUGGUCAACAUUAACCAUAUUAUUACAUUCAUGACUACUCACUGACAUCACUGGUCAGUUUUACAUAAAAUCUGAGGGACAUUCUGACCAAAACUAUACCAGAACCUCGGGCUCCUCCCUUCCACACGAGGGUGGGAAUCCUCCCAGGAAUUGGAUCGGAUUCACCGCAACCGACCUCUCAGAACCAAGUCGUCCCCGUAACACGGGGGAAACAAUUAUCUCCUCUGAUAGACACUGGGUAUGGAGACACCAGCAGUAUGGGCUCCGUCGGAAAAGGUGCAGAUUCCCGCCUAACGAUAGUCGAACAGUCCAACCGGGCUCUCUUGGAAGAAGUAGUCAGACUCCAAGGCGAGCUCAAGGCUUCAAAUCGACGACAGGACCAGAUCAUCUCCGAGGAGAGAAAGGCCAGGCAACAAGUGAUUGACAACUUAAGGUCGAGCAAUGACUUGAUAUCACAACUUGCUACGCGGCUGAAGAGAGCGGAAGACUCUGUGGUAGAAGAGAGAGAAGCCGUGUCGGCACUAGUCAGUCACACCAAACAGGUGGAGAAGGCAGUUAUCAGCAGUCAACAGGAGCUUAUGGGGAGAAGAGAUACACAGAGUACUAGGAUUACUGAACUAAAGCACGAUCUGGACCAGUCCAAACAUGCCAGGGAGCAGCUAGAACGUGCCACCAUGAGUCUGAUCGACGAAGUACGGCAGAUGAAGGCAAAGCUAGAUGGCCAGGGGGUGGAUCUAAAACAAGUGGCGGACGAAGUCAAGCAGAGAUCGCGAAGGCUAGAAGAGGAUAGCAGACAAGCUAUUGACACCAUCAGAAAACAGAGUGAGAUGCAGCAGCAUAGUGAAGUGUCCUCAAGUCAACUCAGAAUGCAGUUUGAUGGGAGGUUGGGAGAGGUACGGGAUGUGGUACUGGAGCUGAGGAACAGGCAGAGUCAAGAAGAGAUGUCACGUAGGCAGCUGGAACAACACAUGGAGUCAAGAAUAGCAGAGAUGCAGUCAACCUUGUCUAACCUGGAACAGAAGAGAGAAGGGGACUUACACACGGUUGAUAUUCUACAAAAAGAGAGGGAACAAGCUGCUGAGAAUGAGAGGGUCAGACUACAGGGUAAGCUGAGUGAGAUAGCAGAAGAGGUCAGUAAGAAAAUACUGCAGAAAGAAAUCCGACUCAGGGAAGAGGCCCAACAGAAGUUCCAUAACGUUGAAAAGGUCCUGAGAGGUGAGGAAGCUGCCAGGAUAGGACACGAACGCUCCAUCAGGGAGGAGAAUGAAAAACGGUGGGGCGCACUGCAGCAAAUGAACGAACAGGAGUUUCUUGCACUGAGGGAUAUUGUCAAGGUGCAUAAGUCCAAAACUGCUGAGAACUUCCAGACCCUGAGCGAGUCUGUGUCAGUGCUGGAGAAACAAGCCAUGGAAGCCAAGAGACAGCUGGAGAAGGUCCUGAAAGCUGAGAUACAGACAAGACAAAGCCAGGACCAGGCCCUGAGUAACAGGGUUGAUGACCUGCAGGAGAAACUGGGCGUGGCCGUCUCCACCCUACAGCAGGCUGUGGGCGGAGUCAGGACACAGAUGGCAGAUGUACAUGCCAAGACACUACAGGACAUGAGGAACAUCCUGGAUGAAAGCAGACAGUCUAACACCAGGAGCCUGGCAGACAUGGAUGCCAGAAUCAUGGGCCUGAACGCAAGGGUAUCACACCAGGAGGACGCCUUUGAAGCCAAGUUAGGGGAGAUCCAGUCCCUGCAGGCAGACAACCUGCGUAAGAACAUGGAGUCUCUGACUCAGUGGCAGGCCCUAACACAACAACAGAUGAAGGACAUACAAGAGAUGCUGGAGAAACUGCCUACAGAGGUUUCCUACAUCAAGGAACAACAGAGAGUGAUGAAGACUGAAGUAGAGACCAGACUAGACACUGAGAUGCAGGCCAGAAUCCGUGACAUCCAGAAUGUGCGUGAGGACAUCACCAGGAUCCUGGAGGAUCUCAAUGUGUCCAAGGGUGGAGACGAGGCCAAGCUUAACGCAGUCCAAUCACAGCUCACUCAGGGACUUGCACAAGUGAAGAACUUGGAGCAGAUGUUACAAACCAGUAAGACUGUCAUGAGCACCAGGGUUUCAUCUGAGGCCAAGUCUAGAAUUGAAGAGGUUCAGGCUCUGCGUGAGGAGCUCAUCAGGCUACGUGCUGAUGUCAUCAACCUGAAGAACCGAGAACCCGCCGUGCCUGCCGAACCGCCUCCACGUCAGGAACCCAGGCUACCGUUCUUCAUCCGCAGUCCUGAGGACGACUUCACCUCACGAGUCACCCUGAACAAGUGGGGCAUGUAUCAGGCAUACAGGUGGUGGAAGAUCAAACGAUGCUGGCUGCAGGUGUUGGAAAGAGAACACAGCCCAACUCCACAACCCAAAACUCCCUCUCCCAAACCUCCUCAAACCCCAAAACAGGAGGACCGACCACAACAAAGAGGUCUGACUCCAAGCCAGAGAGGACACACUCCUGAUAAACGAACCCCCACCCCACAAAGGAGCAGCUCAAAGGCAAAGAAACAGUCGCCUACUCCGAGGAAAGACGACGAGGGUUCAGACGGCGACGAAUGGGGAGGGACAGCAGAAAUAGACCCUUUUCCCUUGAAAUAAGUUCAACAUGAUAUGAACAUCGACAAAUCCUCAACAUCAUACAAUCUCAGCAGUGGCUAGCUGAAAGCCUUUUCUUUUCCUACAGCAGCUUUCUGGAUUUCCAUUUAUGGACAUGCCAUGAUCACAUGACCUGGGCAUAUAUUAAUAACUACUGAUGGUUUAAUCACCUGUGCAUGUACAUGUAUGUUAUAAUGUAUAUUUUUCGUAAGUUAAAGGAUUUCACUACAUUACUUGUGUUCAAGUAGAAAAAGUUCCAGUUACUAUAAGGAUAGAAGUUUUGAAAAUUGCAGUGGACUUUUUUGGUGUAAAGAACAUUGCAAGACAGAUUGCUUGAUUAAAAAUUUAUUUUAUAUAAUAUGUUGAGAAAUGACAUUAUUGGCCCUAGGUUUAGCUACAACCAAACAGUCCAACAAUAAAUAUACAUGUAAAACUGUAACAGGACAGACGACAAAGCCAGGCUAUUGCUUUGAGGCCACUGCACAAUGUAAAAAUGUAACAAAAAAAUAAAUAAAUAAAUUUACUUAC